AUUCUAGUUGCAGAUAGUGAUAUGUAUUCUGUCCAAGCCUAUCUUGAAUUGAGGUUAAGUGUGAAACUAGAGUCUGUGCAUCAAGACUAGCCCGCACUCUCUGCAGCAAAUGAGAGGAGCUCUUCGCUCAAGCCCAACGAGGAAAUCCUCUCCAAUUCAUUCAUCUCUCCCCAUACCCUCUCUAUCCCAUACGCUCUCACUUUGUACUGCAUUGUAAACUCCACCAGCCAAGCAGAGCUCUGGAUCUAGAUAAGCUCUCUUAUUAACAGCUCUUGUUUAAUUCUGCUAAAUGAGCUGCAGCCAGAGAUCCCUCAUGGGCCAGUGAGGUAACUUGGGAGACAUUCAUGUACACAUCUUCCAACCGACCAUCCAGACUGGUGCACAUGGUUCAAUCUUGGAGUGGAUUUUCAUGGAUUAACUCCAGCAUUGAUUUAAAGUGACAGCUACUCAUUGAUAGAAGAAAGGAACAAACCCUCAAGAAAGUUUCUUUUUGAACUGAGAGUCUGGAGAAGUUUUGUGUGAAGCCCUGCAGUGGAACAUUCUUACUACCAAGCAGCAACAGAAAGGAGGAUUUUCCACUGCUUCCACAUUCUAGAAGAAGAGGACUUACAAGUUGGCUGCAACCAAGCUUGUUUUUAGAGAGAAACCAAGAAAGUGUAAACGGAUUUAAUGCUGUAAUGGAGGAAUAAAGUCAGCCGUGGAGUAAAAUAAAUUGGAAUGAAAUGUGGGCAACACAUUGUGGACGAAAUCGGCAAUAACGGCUACUUGAGGAAGUUGAAAGCGAUGUCAAAACAUUUAUCAGUAACCCAGUGAUUAUUCAAUUAGCAAAGGUGCUGCUUCAGGCUUCCAUCUGCUAAUCUUUAUCUAUAAUCACUAAGAAGAGAAAUUGGACAUAUUUUGUGGAGGAUUAAAGCUAUUUGGUCGGAGUUGUACAUGAUAACCUGGAAUAUAUUUUCACUGAAGCAUCAGUGAGAUAUAUGUUUCUAUAAAUCAACCCGAGCUAUUUACAUUGCCAACUGAUUGUUCAACCCUGUCUCCAGGAUAGCUUUAAAUCAGAAUUCUCUUUGGAGAAAUAAUUUCAGGAGUUGAAGUUUCUGUGAGGUGCAUGUAGAAGAAGAAGCGCAGAAAUACAGAUUGACUCUGUUAGAAUGUUAAUGAGGGAACGAUUUGGAGAGGCAAAUCGGUAACGACUGCUUGAACCAACAGUCGCCAGGGCUUAACGGUGAUAUUUAUCUCUGUGUCAAGUGGGAUCCGAGCCGCUCGUCAAACAACGCUGGGACUCCUUCGGAAGGACAUUAACCCUCCAAACCUCGAAUGUCACAUGACCUGAAUACUCGGGAUAGGAGCUGCAGCAGGAUCGAGCAUCGCAGUUGAGCCUAAGCUUCGCAAAUCCCUGGAUUUUUAAAGGAUAUUUUCUGUUAUUUUGAGACUUUGGACGCUGACAGUACCGGCAGCCCGUGUCUCAAUUACCACAUCGUCAAGAGGGACUCUGCUUUUGGUCUUCUGCUCACCAGGACGAAUCGGAAUAUAGUGUCCCAGGUUGUUCUGUAGCUGAUUAUUUUCAAGGAGAUCAGAGAUCAUUGGAUGGGAUAUCACAGCAAUGCUUCAUCCACCAUUGCCCUAAAAAUGGCAUGACAGAAUCAAUAUCAUGCAUCAUUUUUCUCCAUCCACCCCCAAAUUGCUGUCAAAAAGUACUUGACGGUGCUCUUCACGACCCGCCGGCGUAUCGGUUACUGGCAUAUUUGCGCUCUGUAUGCAUACAAGAUUAUACUGUCAAAUGAUGUCGGUAUGAUAUGAGCUGGGCAAACCGGAUAUACGCGAAAUUGGGUUUUCAGAGGAGGAGUGUGGAGGAACUUGCCCGGGAUUUGGUUUCUGUUUAUGAGGAGUUGUUUGAAAGCCGGUUCCGCUGCGACGCGGGUUUCCUUGGGUUGAAAAGUGGGGAAUCGAAGACAGCAGCUGAUUACCAUAACAGUAGCAAAUAGGGUUCUCCAGGGAGACUGUUACAGAAGUCACUACUACUCGUGGCAAGAGUGCAACCGAUCGUCUUCCUCUCUGGAGAUUUGCAAUCUCCUUAACCCCCUGCCACCCAAGCACCUUAGCAUCUGUGAGGGAUAUCUACCAAACUCAUUGGGCUUAGUCGGCACGUUCCUUCCCCUCACCUUACGAAUCGGGCAUCACUCAUCGCCCUCAUAACCUUACAGGUAUACAUUUACCAACACAAGGACCCCCGACUUGGCUCUAUUGUGAACCCUCGUCCUGGCGGCGCUCCAGAACGUUUCGGCCAAUUGACUUGCCCCUGUCUGUCGGUACGCUGCUACGAUUGCAACUCCAGAUGAUUGGUGGUAACUGAAUCUAGGUUCUGGUGCCCCGCUCUCUUGCCGAAGAUUUGUGUCUCAAGGAAAAUUAGGAGCUUGAAGUAAAACCUUGUUUGGAUUCCUUGUGACAGAAUUUCUGCAAAAUUGUGAGGAUUGUUUAAGGAAUUCAUACCUCAUCAACCAGUGAAUGUUUGUUAGUGGACGACAGUAUAUAUAUAUUUUUUUUUCAAAGAACAAACCUCUUUGACGAUGCAUUGCUAAGCGUGAAUGCGAGGAACCAUUUCUUGGUAGUCAAUGCUAAGAAUCUCGUGGAUAAACACACUCGCAUUCUGCAGCUCCAGUUCCCCCUGCAUCUUCUUAAAGAUGAUCAACUCUUCUAUUUGAUUUGUGGAGAAAGAAAUGUACUUACCACGAGAGACAAAUAUAAACACAUACUUCAUCAUGUUUGUGGAAAACUUUUCUUAUGGAUAUAACUCACUCUCAAAAGCAAUGGCUUCCAAAAGGAAAUCGAAUUAUUACUGGAUAUAUAACUGCCUUUUUAUGAUAUUAUUAGCCGUUGGAGCUGAUUCAAGACGCAAUGAAGAAUCACCUCCAAGGAUCACAGAACACCCUUCAAGUCUGUCCGUCCGGAAGAACAGUCCCGCAACGCUCAACUGCCGAGCUGAAGGCUUCCCCAUACCUGACCUCCGGUGGUUAAAAGAUGGACAGGAACUGGAUACAAAAGGCGACGGUCACGUGAGUGACCUAGGCACGGGGGCGCUCUUCUUCUUCCGAGUGAUUCCGAGGGUCGACAUCGGUGUGUACCAGUGCGUCGCGACAAAUUCUCUUGGAGUCGCAUACAGCAACAAUGCAACACUGGAUAUAGCAUGUAAGUUCUGGUGGUUUCUGUUCAUUAGUGAUGAUGCCUAUUUUGGUCAAUUUUUGCGCAAUUUGUUAUCAUGACAUGGAUGCUACCUCAGAGCAGGGGGGGAGGUGUUGAAGAGAAGAAAG